GGAAAAUUCACAAUUCAAAGUGGGAAAUCUUCAACAAAGCUGUUUAUUAAUUCUGACAUUGCUGAGAUAAAUGAAUUCAAAGAAAAAAUGUCAAAAGAUGUUAUGUCUACAACAUCAUGUGGUUCUCAAUUGACUUUGUCAAAUUGUACCCAAGUUUCUUUGGAUCAUAUUCCAUUUGAGAAUCGCAAAAACAAUUUCCCAGCUGUUAACAUCAUAUGAGGAAACAAGGUGUUGUAUAUAUGCAACAAUAUGUGCACUUAAAACUGAGGGUCCUUGGUGGUAUCUAGCCUGUCCAGGAUCAGGAUGUGCUAAGAAAGUAAACUACUACUUGAACCCAGAAACUGAAGAACUAGAAAUGGAUAAGUUCUCAUGUGAAGCAUGCGAGAAAAUUGUUAGUUCUACAAAAACAAGAUAUCAGGUUCAUUGUAAAGUCUUGGAUCAUACAGGAACAGCUUCUUUUCUCAUGUUUGACAGAGAAGUCAUUCAACUAAUUCACAAAUCGGCAUAUGAGUUGUUGGAGCAACAAGUUCAGUUCAACAAUGGGAAUGAAUUACCUCGAGAACUUCUAGCUUUAGAGGGUCGGGAGUUUGUCUUCACAGUGUACAAACCUGAAACAUCCAAGAAUUACACACCAUCUACUUUUAAAGUAGUUAACGUCACGGAUGACCCUGCCAAAAUUUUAAGAUUUCAUAGUGAUGAUGCCAAUGAGAGUGACAUUCCUGCCAUUGGUCCUCAUUUCUCAAACUCCACCGAGACCACUACGAACUUGGUCAAUGAUGUUUUGGAAGAGUCUAACAAUUCUACAAGUGCUUCCACAGAAUCAGCAUCAACUCCAACCACAAAGCGACCCAAGUACACUAGCAAUUGAAGAUUGUGUGCCACAACUUUCUUCAAAGAAACUUAAAGGAGAUGUUUCACUUUUAGCUGAAGAAGAUGGACAACUUUCAUCAACAAAAUCAAAACCAAAAGUUGGGUAUGUGACUAAAGAUCACUCUGCAAAACCUUCAUCUACAAAACAGAGAAAAACAGCCAACCUCAUUCCAAAAAAGGAGAAAAACUGAUGAUUUAUCUUCUCUGUUUUUAGUUUCAAGUAUCCACGUUCUCUACUUUUUUAUGUUUUUAUGUACAUGUUUCUUAGGUCUAAGCUUAGUCUACUUCAGGUUUCAAAACAUGCUAUUGUGUUUAUUUCUAGGUUUAUGUAAUUAUUUAUUACUGAUUUUUAUUUCUUCUUAGAUCAGCUGCCUUGGAUUUUUAUUAUAAUUUUUAAA